CCCCGGUGGUGGUAACGCGCGCGUCAACCCUCCGUUUUUUUCCACGAUUGUUUCCCUUGCAUUGGAGAGGAUAAAAAAAAAUUUCAAUUUUUUUUUACAAUUUUUUUUCUGUGAGAUAUGUAUUUGCAUGUGUCGGAUGGUGCUUCAACCCUUGGUUUACGUCAGUUGUGAUUCAUUAUUUCAGUGUUUUUUUUGUUUUUACUGUGGAUGAUGAAGUGUGUCAGUUGAUCGGGGGAAUUUAAAAUUAUUCUGAUUGAAUUUCACUGGUUGGGGUUGAGACAGUGUGACUAGAUAAUGCGAUGAGGGAUCAAAGUGAAUUGAUUAUCAGGAUUGCAGAGCCAUCAAACAAAUUGAAUUAAUUAUCACUCGGUUGAAGAUUGAGAAUUGUGUGAUGAGAGUUUCAAGUGUUGAGUCAGUUUGACUAAUUGAUGCUGGUGAGCUGAAUGUCGAUGCCGGUUUACUCGAUUGGAUGACAAUAAUUAAUCGUGAGGAUGAAUAGUGCUGUUCACCAUGUUUGGAUUGACAAAUCGCGUCGAUAAUGGAUACGCGACAGUACCGGGAUCUUCGCUUAUGAUCGAUUAAAUUAUCCCUAUCCCAAGAGAAUUGUUUUCCAAUGAAACUCUCAGGUGAAUGAAGAAGAAUAUAGUGACCAGCCAUUUUCGAAAAUAGAAAAACAAAAAUCUGAGGAUAAAAAAUAAGUGAAAGAGCGCGGAGUUUUGAGUGAUCAGUGCGGUUCAGUGGAGCCAGGAUAGAUCUCCCUCAACAGCUGUGAACACUUUCAUCCACGAGAACGGAGUUACUCAUGGAGGAGUGAAAGGGAGACCACACGGGUAAUAAAGACGAGUAUGGCUGGGAUCACGUUGCUCGGUGCGAUAUUGACGUUACUCGGAGGUACGCAAAUCCUCCGGGCUGAGCCCUCGGCACAACCUACAGUCAAGAGUGGAGGCUCCAGUUUGGCGAGUGUCAUUCCGAGCGGCAGUAAACCUACUAGAGCGUGGGACAAACCUUAUUUCGACGAUAUCACUGAGAAAAACAUCACAGGCAUUGUUGGACAAAAAGCUGUACUCAGUUGUCACGUCAAGCAUCCGGGUAAUCGAACGAUAUCCUGGAUGAGAAUGCAUGAUAUGCACAUACUCACAUCGUCGACAAUCACAUACACCAGUGACGCGAGAUUCUCAGUUAAACAUCCGGAGGGUAGUGAUGAGUGGCGAUUAACGAUAAAUUUUGUACAACCGAGAGAUGCUGGAUUGUACGAGUGCCAGGUCAAUACAGAGCCCAAAAUGAAAUUGGCCUUUAAACUGAGGGUCGAAGCGGCACAAGCGAAAAUCGUGGGUCCUGAGGACGUUUACGUUAAGAAGGGUAGUACCAUAAGCCUCACGUGCACAGUUAAUGUGCAGAGCACACCACCGAGCAGUGUCACGUGGCAUCAUGGGGCAUCUGUCGUCGAUUUUGAUAGUCCCAGGGGCGGUGUAUCCCUGGAAACUGAGAAAACAGAGGCCGGAACAACGAGUAAGCUACUAGUGACGCAGGCAAGAUCGAGCGACAACGGAAAUUACACCUGCAUUCCAAGUAAUGCCAACUCUGCGAGUGUAAUGGUCCACGUGCUGAAUGGAGAGCAUCCAGCAGCAAUGCAGCACGGCGGCAGCUGUGGGGUAGCCCCCACAAUUCUCGCAACCCUGACCCUCCUGGUAGCCAAUCUGCUGAGAUGAGCGAACACUUACAACAUCUAGAGGCCUAAAAAAUUCCUGAAGCAACAAUCCACACUUACGACAAAGCCACGAGUCAGGAUAAUGCAGACGCUAAUGAAGUCGAUCAUCGAGGCAAUCUCAAGAGGAAAUACAUACGUUCCUUGAUUAAAGUGUGAGUGACGAUUUUUUGCUGCGUGCGCAUGUGUGCUCGUUACAUAUAUUUUCAAGAACAAUGUUUAUAUGACCGGAGGAACAUGAUGAUCAAGUGACUGUGGGCUAUAAAUUAAUAUUCAAUUAAUCAUGUUCUUGAUACUUGAGUGAAUGAGAGUGCACAAGUGACAUGGGACGUAGGUUUAAACUCUGUAAAUCAGUAAAUUAUCAGUAGAUUUAAUUAAAUUUAAUUCUGCCAUUUCCGGUUAUUACUGUACAGUACAUUGUAUUUAAAUGGACAGAUGAAUAAUUAAUGAGAUGGGUGCAUCAACCCCAUUAUAGUGAGGAAAAUCAACUGCCAGCAUUCCGCGUAUUUCACAUUAUUCAGGGUUCACUGAAAUCAUCAACUAAUCCCUGGAAUUAUUUCAAAAUUAAAAAUCACAAUUAUGGAGGUAGAGAGGGAAUUUUAAAUACCACAAACUGAAACUCACAACUUUUUUCUGUUUAAUGUGAAAGAUGAUCGGAUAAAGAGAACUGGAGAACUAAAACAAUACAUUUGAGCCAGUAUAACGAGGAGAAAAAGCACAAGGGAAUAAAAGUAUUGCUGUGAGAUAAUAAAAAGUUAUCUACGGGGCGUGGAGGUUAUCCACAUCUUCAUUAUCACCCCCUUUCUUGCAUCAUUUUUUUAUUUUUACUUCCAUUUCAUUUGUGUCGAGAAUAAUACUGACAGUGUUUUUUUCAUUUUUGUGGGGGAGUCCUUGCAACAGAAUUCAUCCUCAAGAGAUCACAUUUUGAACUUUUUCCUGUCUGACAAAAAUUAGAUUUCACUUUUUAAUUUGAUGUCCAUUCAAAUUAAGACGAAUUUAAUUGCCAAAAAAACAGAAUUUGAAUUAAAAUCGCUGCUCGGUUUGAGGAGAUUUCCAAAGCGAACAAUCAAAACGAUUUGACGAUAUUUUCUGCAAUAAUAAUUUUUCACGUGGCAUUGACAACAUCCAAAUGAUUAUCGAAACGAGCGAACGGGGAUAGAGAGUACGUAUAUUAAACCUAAAUAUAUGAAUAUAAAUAAAUUAAAUGAAUAUUUAUUCGUUGUGUAUUGAGGUGAUGUUACGAAUUAUGCCACACGAAAAAAAUUGAUUCAGCAGACUUUACAAGAGAAUGAGGAAUCGUUAAUUCCCUCGUUAAAAUCAAGCAUUUCCUUUGGAAUUAUUUUAAUUAAAAAAUUGACAGAGACAUAGGGAAAAUUCAAUAAAAAAAAUUAUGAAUUAAUUCAAAUUCUAAUUGAAUAUUCAAUAGCUGAAUAUGGUAAUGCUACAUUGAUAGCUCAUAAAUCACCAUUAAAUUAAAUAGAGAAAUUUAAAUAUACUAGGCGAAAUACAGGAGGAUAAAUGCGAAUAUCGUAACGAUUAAUUGAAUACUCGAGAAAAAAAUAACGACACAAUUACAAGGUUAAUUUAGGAUGUAUAGAUUUUUUAUAAAAAAAAUAAAAGAGAGAAUCAUUAACGAUGAAAAUAAUGAGAAUAUGCACCUCGACAAGCUGACAUUCAAAGACUGUUGAAUUCUCGACGUUUUAAAAGGAAAAGAAAACGCUUUGUUUCCGAUAAAAAAAAUAUAUUUAACGAGAUGAGAGAUUAUAAAAAAAAAACAAAGAGCGGCGAUUCUAACACUAUGAUAAA